AUAUUUUCUUUUUAAUAAUGAAUAAAGUACUUGUAAAGCCUCUUUCAUUGAUACCAGCUAUCUUAAGGAAUUUUGUGAAAGUAACGUUGGUAACGAAGAAUGGCAAUUGUAACGAUCGAUCAAAAAUGGCUACUGAGGUAGAACUUGCACAAAGUGCUAAAGCUGGUGGUGAUACAAUAUUUGGAAAAAUAUUAAGAAAAGAAAUUCCAUGCAAUUUUAUUUAUGAAGAUGAUUUGUGCGUGGCGUUUGAUGAUGUUAAUCCUCAAGCUCCAAUACACUUUUUAGUGAUACCUCGUAAACCUAUCUCACAGUUAUCAAAAGCUGAAGAUGCCGAUGAAACUUUAUUAGGGCAUCUCUUAAUUGUUGCAAAGAAGGUUGCUCAAAAAAGAAACUUGAAAAAUGGCUUUCGAAUUGUUAUAAAUGAUGGUCCUAUUGGAGCCCAAUCUGUCUAUCAUUUGCACAUUCAUGUUAUGUCAGGAAGACAAAUGCAUUGGCCCCCUGGUUAAGUUAGCAUGUUUGUUUUCUAUUCAGUUUUGAUAAAGGGUUGUACCUGGAGGUAUUUUGCAAACUGUAGCAGGAUGCCAUCCAUAUCUUUGAUUACAAUUUGGCGACUGCACAAAAAUACUAGAGUCACUAAGACAUUCUGCAAACACUUCACCACCAAUAUAAUAAAGUCUAACUCCCUUGCCAAUGUGACGUCUGGUUUGUUCCACAACUGUAUUUCUAUUAACAUUUGAAAGAAGA